UUGUAUGAAGUAUGAAUGUAUGAUCUAUCUAUGAUGUCUAUAAAUAGUUGAGUCCCAACCCAUCCCUGAAAUCCCGAGAACCCCUUCUCCACUGUCUUCCCCCAGACUCUCUCUUCCGCCCUUUUUACAGGGCCAAAAAUAACACCCCCACCCCACAUCUAUCUAUCUAUAUAUAUCUAAACCCCUCAAUCUUUUUUUUACCCAAAUGGCCCAAGAAGAUUCCUCUCCAGAUCCAUCUCCUUCUCCCCCAAACCUCUCGGAUCCUUCCAAACCCGAUCCACCUCCUCCAUCUUCAUCGUCUUCGUUAUCGCGAAACGUUUCGUUUAGCAGGCUCAACGCGCAGGCUCCCGAGUUCGUUCCGACUCAGCAGCAAGCACCGCGACUCGCUGCUGCUUCUGCUUCUUCUGCUGUUGUUCCUCCUCCUCCGCCUCCGCCGCCGCCUAUGCACUCGUUUCCUCCUCCUCCGCCGCCGCCUCCGUUCCACGUUGCGGCGGCGAUCCAGGGUCACGUGGCGGUUCCUCCUCACGUGAUCCCCGUUCAACAUCCUCAUCAUGUUCCGGUUCAGUACCAUCCUCAUCACCCGCAUCAUCCGCAUCCGCAUCCUCAUCAUCAUCAUCAGCAGUACUACGGCGGCGGAGGCGGUGGUGGUGGUGGAGGGUUUAGAGAGCAAGAGGUUGGGGCGCAAGUGCAAAAUCAAGCUCCGGUGGAGUCUGAUCAUGUUGUUGCUGCCGCUUCUUCUUCCUCGGCGAAAAACAAGAUCUCCGAGGAGGCUACUCAGAAAAUUUUGAAUCAGAUACUAUGUAGUUGUUAAAUAGUGGUGAAAUGUGCUUCUACCAGCUACUCAACACUGGUAUUUGUUGAUGGCGAGACUCUAAAAGAUGAAGGGGAUUUGGGGUAU